AUGACGGUUCUUUCUGCCUUUAAGGCGAAGUCCACACGCUUUAAGGCUGUAGUGGAGCGAGUGAGGCGUCUUUUGCAUACAGGCGCAUCCGGAGCUAAUGGCAUUCGCGCACUUAGUCGCAGCCUUGGCAUAGCAGUAGAUGCUGGUGGGAAUCUUGUGGAUAAAGCCACCUUCGUAGAAUGCCUAAAGCAGAAUGGAGUCGCUCUAGACGAAAAUGAUGUGGAGGCGGUAAUGUCUGUAUUAGAUAGGAACGGCGAUGGUACACUUGACCCAGUAGAUUUUAUUGCUGCUUUGCGCAGGGAUCUCACUCCAGUGAAGUCUGCAUGGGUCGCACGGGUGUGGUACACAUUCCGGCAGAACGCCGAUGGUACUAUUUGCAUUGAGGAUCUCGUGAAUGCGUUUAAUGCUGCAGGACAUCCUGCGGUUGUGCGUGGUGAGCGCAGCGAAGAAAAGGUGCGUGAGGAAUUUCAAUUGACUUUCAACACCACCACGAAUCCUGAAGGUGUCUUAUCGCGGCAGGAGUUUGAGCAGUACUACUCGUGUGUGGCCGGGUCGUGCCUUGACGACGCCUCAUUUCUGACACUUGUGCGAGGUGUGUGGCCUGCGCUUGCAGAUGAUGCAGCUAGAAACAUUGAAUUGAUCUCUAAUAAGGAAAAUCAAUGUAACUCCACCUUUAUAGCCUCGCAAUCAGCACUUCAGAAGAGUACCGUCAACAAGCUGAGGCAAAAUGCCGCGGACCUUGACACGCUUAUUCGUACUUUACACCGUCCUGCUGUUAUGGAUUUACCGCUUGCUGUUCGACUCCUUUCGCUUUCUUUGCGCGGAAGGGAUGUGGAGGGGACAUUUUUCCUUACGCGCGGCGCCUUCACAGAGGCACUGUGGCAGCAACGGCUUUAUAUUUCAAGACCUGAUGAACUUUUGCCAGUGUUGGAUACAAAAGGGGACGGCUCUGUUGAUUAUCUGCUUUACCUGACGAUGCUUCUCCCGUCACUUCCUCCAGCCCGUAGAAUGAUGCUUGAACGGCUGUGGGAAUUGUUUCUAAAGGACACAUGCGGUGCUGUUGAUGUCUUGGAGUUGCACCGGCAAUUCCAAGCAAAGGAUGGUGAGGAGAAGAAUGCGUUUCUGAGUGCAUGGGACGUUCGCCGCGCCAUUCGACGGCGCCUCACACUGGAGGAACUUGUUGAGUGGUACGUUCCCAUGAGCUAUAAAAUCCAGCUGGAUAAUGAUUUCGGAGCAAUGCUGAAGCGACAGUGGAACUUGAUGUAG